UCACUUCAAUUGCUGUAGUCUUAGUAAAAUUUGCAUAAAGUGAACGAAAUACUUGAUUUAGAGUUACGAAAGACCAUAAAAAUUUAUUAAAUAGCAAUCACCACUGACUACAUGGCGUAUACGUAACCUGUACACAAGAAAUGUAAUAUCACAGUGAAAAUAAUACUCCAGGCAGAAACAUAAACAGCUACCGAAUGUAAAAGCACUUUACAAAGACAGACGAAAGCAAAACCUUUAAGACAGCGGUAGAAAAUAUAGCAGGCGAGAACGCAGAAGGCUGUCUAUGGCUGCUUAGCCGGUUAGCUGCUUCAGCCAAAAGUGUGAGGCUUUAAUACACAAUAAACAGCUAUUGUUCGGCACACUAAAGACGCCUACAACUCACGCAAAUUCACAGGACUACAAUAAGAGGCGUAAUAAGAACAAGAAUACCACAACACUAGCCGCACCAGCAAAAGGUGUUAAACGGGAUCGAGUUUCUUUGUUGCCCAACACCAACAGCAAGUGAUAACAACUACAACAAUAAUAACAAUAAAAAAGCAAAUCAACAAGCAGAACAGAACAUGAAAAUGAAAGCCAAACAUAAAACGUGUGUUGUGGCAGCCGCGGCAGCCGCGACUGGUGUUGGCGUCGGUGCGGGCGAGAAGAUGAAGUCGGUAAUAUUAUAUCCAUAUGGGCCACUAACGGGGACAGGAUGUUGUCGCAUGCUACAUGCGAAAAAUUUGGCGUUAACAAGUGCGAUUUACACAAUUAAUAUGUCGCUUUUAAUUGUUUUGAUAUACUCUUGGCGUAUAAACGUGAAUAUGCGAAAGGCGGAGGCUUUAGAGGAUGUUUAUUAUGGUGUUCAAAUUGCAUAUUUCGCCAUUAUCGGCACACAAAUGUCCAUGAUAGUGCUGAGCGUUAUGCUGAUAUUCGGAAUUUAUAAGGAGAACCCGGGACUCAUAGUGCCAUGGAUAAUUGGUUACAUCACUUUUAUGGCAUUGGAGGCGGUGGCCAUGGUCUACUCCAAUGUCUUGCGAGAUCAUGUCAAUAAGCAAUUCGAUGCAGUGUGCAAAGCGGAAGUGGCCUUCUUCAUAGCGCGUGCAGUCAUUAACGUGCUCGCCAUGUGGGGCGUUAUGCGCUUCUACAAUUUGGUGCGUGCAGGCAUCACAUGGAAAGGUCCCGAGGCAAAAACCGCAUCGUCAACGACGGCGGCGACGACGACGACGUCGAUGCCAUAUCAUCACUGCAAUGGCAGCGGCAGUAAACAACGCCGAUUCAAUUAUAUACCCGACGUGGAGCGCAAGCCGACCGGUUGUUGUUUCUUUGAUUUUGACGAUUAUGAUGACGACGAUGACGACGAGGAUUUGGAAUGUGGCGAGUAUGGUGAUGACGAUUAUGAUUACGAUGAUUACUACUACGACGACGAUGACGAAGAUAGCUCCGAUUGUACGAUGCUUGGCGCGCCAAUGCAGCAUAAACGUCCAUGUAAUCGCACACAUCGCUCUAGGCACCUGCACGCACGUACGUACUCUUCACGCAUGCGCGACAACAACAUACGCACAGUGCUGAUUAACAAACGGCAUCACAAGUACAAAAUCGCUCAACCGCAGACACGGCUCGAGGUGAUCAACGAGUCGGAGCGCAGCGCGGGCAGUGGCAGUGAUGAAAAUGAUUCGCUAUUGGUCGCAUAUGAUAGCACAUCGUCGUUAGCAUCGGUUUGACAUUGGCCGGUGUGCGGUUGUAGUUGCUUUGGAAAUGCGCGAAAGAGCGGUGACGGCAGCAGCGGCGCCAGA